AUGGUCGAAGCUGUUGGUCUCACAACCUCUCAAGAUGUCUGGGUUGCGCUGGAACGUCCUUUCAGCCACCCCUCCAAAACUCGAGAGAUACGGCUAAAAGAUAGGCUUCACUUGAUGAAGAAAGGAACUAUAUCUGUUGCUGACUAUUCUUGGGCCUUCAAACCUCUCUGUGAUCAACUAAUGGCUAUCGGACGACCAGUCGAUGAUGUCGACAAAUCCCAUUGUCAGACAAAGUAUGCUCGAGAUAUUUUUGUCCGGACCCAACUCCUUUAUUGCAAACCGGUUGCUACCCUUAUAGUCGUGGCUCAGCGAAUUUCUUCUGAUGUCUCCUCCUUUGUCGAUGUCACACUCCACCGCUCUCUUGUCAGAGCAUUGCAAUAUUUGACUAUCACUCGGCCUGACAUUACUCAUUCUGUUAAUUCUGUCAGCCAAUAUUUGCAUGCACCCACCAACGACCAUUUUCAAGUUGUCGAACAUAUCAUUCGUUAUGUCAAAGGAACACUUCAUUUUGACUUGACGAUGACUACCUCAUCCUUCACUGGUAUUGUUGCUUACUCCAAUGUUGAUUGGGCAGGCUGUCUGAACACCCAUCCCUCCACUUCAUGCUAUUCUAUUUACCUGGGUGAAAAUCUUGUCUCUUGGAGUGCUAAAAAGCAACCCACAGUCUCUCGCUUCAAUUGUGAAUCCAAGUAUCGUGCUCUUGGCCUUGUUGCUGCUGAGAUCCUUUGA